UUUUAACAUAUAUAAAUCACAAAUUAUCUUACUGAUCUCAUUUUAUAGAAUAAUUUUAACACCUCGCCGAUUUACAGUGAGCUCAAAAGAACUCCACUUCCCACAGACCCUCGCGCGGGGUGCUUAUGACGUCACGAUCAGCUGAUGGCAGUCACAUGACAGUCAUUUUUCUUUCAGUUCUUAGACAGAUCUUGUUCGACAAGUCGGAAACUAACACAUAUUUAAACAUUUAUUCCUUUUAAUCAUGUGUCUGUACACAUUGUACUCCUCUUAAAAUGGAUAAGCUGUUGUUCACAGAAUGAAUAAACUGUUUACCAUCACCGCAUCCAAGUAAUCGUUGUGCCAGAUGUUACUUGACUGUGACGGUUUUGGGUGUUCAGUGGUCUCAGGUUGUCAUCGAGCUUAAAACUACUCGCCAAGAUGAGUCCAGAAGGAAAGACCCUGCUCAACAUUAUUAUCCUGGGCUUGGGAUUCAUGGUGAUGUUCACUGCCUUUGGGACCUGCGGGAAUAUUGAACAAACCGUGAUAAAGAGCUUUAAUAGUACCGAAUUCCAUGGAAGUGGCUACACAAGCAUGGCGAUUAUCUAUGCUGUAUUCUCCGCCUCAAACCUUAUUGCCCCCUCUGUGAUAGCUGUCAUUGGACCUCAGUUGUCUUUGUUUUUUAGUGGAGUUGUUUACAGUGCUUAUAUUGCUGUGUUCAUUCAUCCUUACACCUCGUCAUUCUACACUUUAUCUGUGUUGCUUGGAAUAGCCGCUGCAGUGCUGUGGACAGCCCAGGGUAACCUGCUCACCAUCAACUCUAAAGACUCCACCAUUGGGAGAAACAGUGGAAUAUUCUGGGCGUUGAUGCAGUUUAGCUUAUUCUUUGGCAAUCUCUACAUAUAUCUUGCCUGGCAUGGUAAAAGUCACAUAACCGACAAAGACCGUCAGACGGUUUUCAUCACACUCACGGUUAUCAGCCUGGUGGGCAACUUCCUCUUUUUCCUGAUCCAGCGACCAGACCCUGAACUGGCACCUUCUGAUGACUCUGAGUCACUUCUACCAGCAGACAUCUCUGAUUGUGGCUCAGUGGUUGCAUCGCAGAGUCUGGGCUCUCAGGCAUGGAAUGCAUUCAAGAAAUCCAUAGAACUUGCCAUGACCAAAGAGAUGCUUUUGCUCAGCACAGCCUUUGCAUACUCUGGUCUCGAGCUCACCUUUUACAGUGGAGUGUACGGUACAUGUUUAGGGGCCAUGACUCAAUUUGGAGAGAAUGCCAAAGGUCUCAUUGGCCUCUCUGGGAUUUUGAUCGGUGUUGGGGAAAUACUGGGAGGGGGAGUGUUUGGAAUCCUGGAUAAGUGCCACCGCUUUGGCAGAAACCCAGUGGUGUUUCUAGGGCUCGUUACCCAUUUUGUGGCAUUUUACCUUAUCUUCCUUAACAUAGCCAGUGAUGCUCCCGUGGCCCCAGAGGAAGGCACACAUAUGCAAGCCUACAUUCAACCCAGCGUGCAUGUGGCACUGAUAUGCAGUUUCCUGCUGGGUCUGGGUGAUAGCUGCUACAACACUCAGCUCAUCAGCAUUGUGGGUUUCUUGUUCCCGGAAGACAGCGCGCCAGCGUUUGCCGUCUUCAAGUUUGUACAGUCCAUCACAGCUGCCGUGGCAUUCUUCUACAGCAACUACCUUCUGCUGCAAUGGCAGCUGCUCAUCAUGGUGCUGGUGGGCUUCCUGGGCACAGUGUCUUUCUUUGUGGUGGAGUGGACAGUUAUCCACAGUCGACGGGAUUCGGAUUAUGACAGUAUCUGAGAAGACCUCCUGCCAUCAGCCACACUGAAGAGAUACAUCAGUGGCCAUUUUUGCCAUUGGUUUACACAUCAGCUCUUCAGACUUCUCCUGAACUUUGCCUUUCAGCUGUGGGAACACCUCAUCCCUUAUUCUCCUUAUUCUAUUCAGUCAGCUGUACAGAGUUUUUUUCUUGCACGUAAAAUACAUUAACUCUUCUAAGGGGCUCAAGUGCUGUAACACAAUGCAAAGUUCACAUUUUUUACAGCAUUUAAACUGUGCAAUGCCAGUCACCAUGAAGACCAGUCAACAGGAAGACCUGGAACACUGAACUCAUAUUUCAAACAAUGUUAUAUUUUCUUGGACAUUAAAAGAACAGAAACAUCGGGUAAGAAGCAAUUCAUGUAAAGGAAAAGUUUGCUCUAAAUGGAAGAUUAUGUCAUUAUUUACAUUAUUUAAAAAUAGCAGCAAAAGGGUUUUGGUGAGUAAAUGAUGACAAAACUAUUCCUUUGAGUAAUUCAUAUAUUGUAGAGAAACCUUAGCUCAAAUGUAAUUAUGCCCUGAGCUGUGGAAAAUCAUUUUCAUAUACGCUACGCUGUGAAACGCGCCAGAGAUGAGAAAUAUCAUUGCAGAGACAAAUUUCAUCAGCUUCAAUGUGAAACUCUUAGUUGGAUGCACAGUCAGAAGAUUCGAAUGGAAAUACAUUUGUAUUUUAUUUUAGUUUGUUUUGCCUGAUGCCUUUUUUUUUUUUUUUUUUUUU